AUGACAGAUUCUGUCUUCAACAAGGAUUAUCUUCCGUAUAUAGACUCUGUAUUGAGAGGCAUUGUACCAUACUGGCAUCCACCAAGAAAGAGAGGAGAGAUUCAAAGAACUUCAUCAUGGGUUGAGUCAUUGCCGAUUAAAGCUACAACAAAAACUCAACAAGCCCCAAGCACCCAAGAAUGGGCACAUGAUGAGGAAAAGAACAAAUUCAAGACAAAAUCGAAGAAAGCAAAAUCCAAGACCAGAGGGUCCACACAGCCACUCACGCAGCCUGAAGUUCAACCUGAGGCUCAACCUGAGAACCCCGAACCACACUCCAAUGUCGAACAUUCUAAAGUCAAGAUCCCUCAUCAUCUUAUGCGAGUGUUCAAUACAUUAUUCUUCCAACCUGGUCAGAACAAUAUACCAGGUGACGUCCCUUGGGUAGAAUUCUCAAAGGCAAUGAUAGAAAUGGGCUUUGCUGCACAGAAACUAUAUGGAAGCGUUUGGCAAUUCACACCUGCUUCUAAGGAGACAGCGGUGAAAAUAGGAGCUGAAAAAAGUAUUCAGUUUCAUGAGCCGCAUCCGGGCGUCAAGAUUAAGUUUGUCGUUGCUCGGAGAAUGGGAAGAAGAUUGAUGAGAAGUUUUGGAUGGUGGGGUGGUAUGUUCGAGGAGGAAUAG